UUCUAACCUCACUUACUUUUUGAAAAAUAUUCAAGUCAUGAUAGUUUUAUGUAAAUUUUAGAAUAUAAAUUAUGAUAAAUUACGUGGCAUUUGUUCAGUUUUUAGUGUGUCUACAUAAUAUUACGGAGUAUAUAAAAAAAGUGAAAUGUAAUUAAUAAAUUAUCAAAAAACAUUUUUUCAAGGUCAAUAUUGUUGCUAAUCAAAAAAAAUUAGAUUUAAUCUAUAUUAAAUACAUAUUUUAAAAUGUUUAGAAAAAUUUCAGUAAAUUUUCUUAGAGAUGCUCCCAAUGCAACUUUGAGGUUUUUUAGUUUGCACCAACUGCCCGAAACUCAUAAAAUACUUCAAAAAACAUGCAGGGAUUUUGCAGAAAAAGAACUCAAGCCGAUAGCUGCAGCAUUGGACAGAGAACAUAAAUUUCCCGAAAAACAAAUUAACAAAUUGGGUGAACUGGGUAUAAUGGGUAUUAAUGUUUCUAAAGACUACGGAGGUGCAGGAUACGACGGCCUUAGUGUGGCUGUAGCAGUCGAAGAGAUAUCAAAAGGAUGUGCUGGUACUGGAGCAAUAGUAUCAAUACAUAAUUGCUUAUAUGCCAGUCUUGUAGAUAGAUUAGGAACUCCUGAUCAAAAAGAAAUAUUUUUAAAGCCUUUCACAAAAGGAACUUUAGGUUGUUUUGCUCUUAGUGAACCUGAGGCAGGAAGUGAUGUGGGAUCUAUGACUAGUACUGCAAUGAAACGUGGGGAUAGGUAUAUUUUAAAUGGAACAAAAUCGUGGGUGACAAGUGGACUGCAAGGAAAAGCUGCUGUAAUUUUUGCUACCAUUGAUAGAAAUCUGAAACAUAAAGGCAUUACAGCCUUUUUGGUACCCCUGUCGUCUCCUGGUAUUACAUUGGGUAAAAAAGAAGAUAAGUUGGGUAUAAGAGCCUCAUCAACGUGCAAUAUAUUUUUGCAAAACGUUGAGGUGCCAGAAGAAAAUAUACUGGGUCCUAAAGGCGAGGGAUUUAAAAUUGCUAUGGAACAACUUGAUAAAGGUCGCGUGGGUAUAGCAGCUCAAGCUAUUGGAAUCGGACAAGCAGCUUUGGACAUGGCUGCUAGUUAUUCACUACAAAGGAAAGCUUUUGGGAAAACUAUCAGCGAAUUAGACGCUGUUAAGAUGCAAUUAGGGAAAAUGGCUCUUCGAUUGGAAUCUGCAAGAUUACUUGUAUGGAGAGCGGCAGUGUUAUGUGAUAACCCUAAUAGGACAACUAAAGAAACCUCUAUGGCCAAAUUAGCUGCUAGUCAAGCUGCAACUUAUGUAACACAUGGGGCACUUCAAAUAUUAGGUGGUAUGGGGUAUGUCAGUGACAUGCCAGCCGAAAGGCAUUACAGGGAUGCAAGAAUAACAGAAAUAUACGGAGGAGCUAGUGAUAUACAUAUGAGUUUGAUAGGUAGUGCAAUUUUAAUGGAAAGUAGUGAGUAAGUGUAAAUUUUAAUUUAAGUGAAUAAAUUGAAUUAUUUUGUUAUCUUUCAUUACUAA